UAAUUUAUCAAAUUAUCUCUGUCAUUUCUCCUCACUUUUUUCUGUCAUAAUUCGAGAGCUCGCUGUCCCAAUCUGAUCCCCUUCCAUCUUCAGAUCCAAGGAAACCCUAAUUCAGAGGAAUAAUCAGUUACAGGUACGCUUUUUCCUCCAAAUUCGUCAUCCAAUCUCCAAAUUCGAUCUUUUCCUGAAGAAUUUGUUGCUAUAUAUUGAUGAUAAUUUGGGAUCAAGUUUAGGGAAUCUUAUAAUCUAUAGAUUGAAUUGAUAUGGAUUUGGUAGAGGAGUGUUCAAAAUCUAAUCUUGAGGAGGGGGAAGACGAGAAGAAUAUUGAAGCAGUAAAGAAAAUGGAACCUUUUGAGGUUAACAGAGAGAAAAUUAAUGGGGAAAUGGGUUUUGAAGAGAAUUCUGAGCUUAAUAUCCCAGUUCAAACGGUUGAAGAAUCAAUUGAACCCAUUGGGUCUCCUUCAUUGGCACCGAAAGUGAAUGGAGGAGGAAUUGUAGACAAAAAUAAGGAAGAAUCAUCUCCGAGAUCAAUUGAGUCAUCCUCAAAUUCAAACCUUGAAGUGAAUUCAGAACCCAGGAAAGGAUAUGGAUUGAAGAAAUGGAGGAGAAUAAGAAGAGAUUACAAUAAGGAUGCAGGAGGAGCUGCGGAUUCUUCGGUGAUUUUGAAAAGAAGGCUUUCAGCGAAUGAAUCAUCAAAAGCUCAGGAUGAUAAUAAGGCGAAAAUUCCUGUUGAGGAGGGGCUCGAGACCCCUACUCCUUCUGUUGGAUCUCUACGUUCAACUGAAGCAGUUGAUGCUGUUGGUUUAGAUCCUGAGCUUAUCCAAUUGAUGACAGCUGGUGCAUUUGCAAUUGGCAUGGAUUCUGACAACAGUGAGGACCGAAGUAGUAAAUCCUCAACUGCAGCGAGUUUUCCAAAGCCGAGGCAUGAGAUUGGCUUUGGACGAGAGAGAGGGAGGAUGAAAAGUAUUGGAGGCAGGGUAGCUGGGAAUGCACUCCAACAGAGGAAUCAAAGAGGGAAAGCCGGUGUAGUAGAUGCUAGCAAGAAGAUCCGAGGAGAUCGAAUUAGUUUAGAGAAGGAGAAUUCACAAUCUAGUGUUGAGUCUGACUUGAGAAGCUCGAAUAUGGGUUUUAUGCUAUGGGGAAGUGGAGUUAGUAACGGGAAACAGAGUGAGAAAUCUUUGAAUUUUGACGGGGAGAAUGGUGACGAAACUCAAACAAGUGAGGAAGUUAGGUCAGGUUACUAUAAAGAGAAUGGCAUUGUUGAAGAUUUAUUGAAGGGAGAUUUGGAUCCUAAUUUGUUGGAGGAGAGUAAGGUAAAUAGGCAGAAUUUUCAUCCGCCCUCAGGCAUUGAUCCUUUCGUCGAGUCAUUUGUUAUGCUACAGGCCGCACAAGAAGCGCUUGAACUAGAAAUAAAAAAGAUUGGGGAAAUUGGGAAUGCCACAGAAUGCAAUGACUUUGAUGACCAAUCUGAAGAAACAGAAGCCAGUAGUUCCCCAACGUUUGAGGCUCAUUUACUUGAACUAAACCAUAAGAUAGAAAACCUUCAGUACAAAUUGGAUGAAGCAUCUGCAGUUGUCAAGGCGAAGGAAUUAAAGAUAAUUGACCUUGAAGACAUCAUCAAUCAAACGCAUCUUCCGAGCAAGGAAUCAUCUAGUACUACAGUGCCGACCUUUGAAGAGAUGAAUGACCUCGAAUUUGAGCUUGAAGACCUAUUCAAGAAGAAGAUUCAAUCAGAAAUUGAGUUGUUGAUCAUAACUAGAACUACACAAAGUUGGAAAAUACUGGCUGAAGACCAAAUUGCUCUUCUUGAGGAGCAGAAAUCUCUGGCUGUGGACCAAGCACAUGCUUUACUCAGGCUGAACGAUGCCGAGGAAAAGGCCAUCAAGUUGAAGGAUCAAGCAGAGGAAUUAGAUUCUCACUGCAAAGAACUGUUAGGAACUGAAAAGGUGUUGAAACUACAGAACAAAGUCUGUAAGUAUUCUUUCUGUUGUUUCAUUCAGCUUGUUCUCUUGUUUGUUGCGCUGGGGUUGUUUAUGAUUCAGAUGAUCCCUCCUUCCGAUGAUUUUGUACCCACUUAGUUUUGAUACAAGUAGAGAACUGUUUUGUAAUUUUUGCUUUUUCUCAGAAGUUUUUCUGUAAGAUUUUCCCUGGAAAUGGUGAGUUAUUUCUUCACCUAUUAGAACUCCCCAACUUGAUACAUUUGUUUUAUGUAUUUCCUCCAUGUCCUUGUACUAUAUAUUGGCUUAGACAUGAAUUUUGCUCAUAAUAAGGAUGAGAAUAAUUGUGGAAUA